UGGCGAUGGUUACAACUGACAGAGAUGUGUGGAAGCAAGUGAGAUACAGAACCUCAUACAUGUAGAAAAAUUUGUCUUGAGUGACUUGGACCAGUGGUUUGAACUGCUGCAGUGAUGACAUAUUUUACUGCCAGAGGUGUCAACAUCAAGUUCCCAUUCCAACCAUAUCCAUGUCAGGAAACAUACAUGCAAAAAGUAGUAGAAUGUUUGCAAAAGGAUGUGAAUGGCAUACUGGAGAGCCCAACAGGCACAGGAAAGACACUGUGUCUGUUGUGUUCAACGUUGGCGUGGUUAGAGGACAAAAAGUCGCAAGUCAGCUUUAAUCAGCAUAUGGAGGUUGCAAACUUGAUGUCGGAUGAGUGUGCGUUAAGUGAUAAAGCUUUCUCUAAUGUAUCUCAGAGCCUGAAGUCAAACUCAGCAAGUACCUGGGGUGGAAGUGAAUUCGCUGUUCCGAAGGUGAUCUAUGCAACCAGAACUCACUCCCAGUUGUCUCAGGCCAUACAAGAGUUGAAGCGAACAGCGUACAAUAACAUGAAGGUAUCUGUCAUUGGUUCUAGAGAACAAAUGUGUAUUCACGAGCAAGUGAGGAAGGAACAGAGUAAUGCCACAAAGGUUCACAUGUGCCGGCACAAAGUCAAUGCACGAACGUGCCACUAUUACAACCACUUAGAUGAAUUAAAGAAGAAUGGUGAUAUGAGGCAAGCGGUUGGUGCUGUAGCUGAUAUUGAAGACUUGAUGAAGUUCGGAGAAAAGAACAAAUGCUGUCCGUAUUACAUGGCGCGUGAACUCAAGUCAGACGCAGACAUCAUUUUUAUGCCGUACAAUUAUCUGCUUGACCCCAAGUCAAGGAAAGCUCAUGGCGUGGAACUCCAAGGAAAUAUUGUCAUUUUUGAUGAGGCACACAAUUUGGAGAAGAUCUGUGAAGACAGUGCUAGUUUUGACUUGACGUCAACAGACUUGGCCACUGCCAUGGAGGAAGUCACACUCCUGGCAGAGAAACUCAUAGAUUUGGCCAAACAUGACCUCCAGAGUGUGGAACUCGCCACUGACAGUAGUAUUGUGCCUGAAUUUCAGUUGGAUGAUUUACUAAGACUGAAAGCCACUGUGAAGGACCUGGAGAAGCUGUUGGAUGACACGGAGGUCCCCCAGGCAGGUGUCACCCACCCUGGGGAGCAUAUUUUUGAUUUGCUGGGAAAAGUCAACAUAACAUUUGAAUCAAAGAAUGAAAUCCUGGAUGUGCUGGACAAAAUCAUAGCCUAUCUGAAUGCAGACGGAAUGUCAAGUGCACUUCAUACAAAGGGGGCUGGCCUCACCAAAUUUUCCGACAUGCUAAAGAUAGUGUUCAGUCGAGAAGUACCACAGGGUAUCACUCUGGCUUACCACCAGAAAUGCUUGGCCCAUUCCUAUCGGGUCCAUAUCCACAAGCAAGAGAAUGUGAAGAAAAAGAAGACAAUAGAUCUGUGGACCACAGCAGGAGGGGGAGGGGACAAGGCUGGACGAGUGCUGAGUUAUUGGUGUUUUAGUCCGGGUCACAGCAUGAGCGACCUUGUCAGUCACAAGGUCAAAUGUAUCCUGCUGACAAGUGGUACACUGUCUCCAAUCAACUCCUUUACAUCAGAGAUGCAGAUCUCCUUCCCUGUCCAGUUAGAAAACCCACAUGUGAUAGAGAAACACCAGGUGUGGAUUGGCACCCUGGGGAAAGGCCCUGAUGGCGCCCUCCUCAACUCCUCCUAUGAAAACAGGGACAAGGACAGCUAUAAGUCUUCUCUCGGGAAUGCCGUAGUGAAUUUUGCCCGAGUCAUUCCCAAUGGCCUGUUAAUGUUUUUCCCCUCCUAUCCAGUCAUGGAGAAAUGCCUGGACAACUGGAAGAGUACAAAUAUUUGGAACAGAAUAACCCAGUACAAGCCUAUCUUUGUGGAACCCCGAGGAAAAUCUGCCUUUCAUGAGGCAAUGGAUGACUUUUAUGAGAAAAUAAACGAUGUCAGUUUAAAUGGGGCCAUAUUUGCCGCUGUGUGCAGGGGAAAAGUGAGUGAGGGUCUAGACUUCUCCGACAACAACGGCAGGGCUGUGGUCAUCACUGGGCUGCCCUUCCCUCCCAUGAUGGAUCCCAAGGUCAUUCUCAAGAUGAAAUACCUGGAUGAAAUGAAAGGCAAACAGGGAUUCCAGUCUUUAGGUGGGAGGGAAUGGUACAGGCAGCAGGCCACGCGAGCUGUGAAUCAAGCUAUUGGAAGAGUCAUCAGGCACAAGGAGGACUUUGGUGCCAUUAUUCUCUGUGACAACAGGUUUGCCAGCAGCCAAUCACUGAGCCAGUUACCUGUGUGGGUGCGGCCACAUGUCAUUCAGUAUGCACAGUUUGGAGGGGUCAUUAAGGAUCUUAUGAUGUUCUUUAAAACAGCAGAAAAAGUGAUGCCUGCACCUAGACCUCCUCGUCCUCAGAUCCAGUCUGACACAGCCACUGGUGCAUACUUCAUGCCUUCAUCCAGUAGGCGCGGCCCCAUGCUGGAACAGGCCAGCGUCGUGGCCCAUCACGUGCCCAGUCUACAGCAAAAACAGGAGGACCGCUCAUCCAUGGCUCGACUGAAACUGCAGUACGAGGGCGUCUGUGCCCACGUAACAAAGAAAAGGGGCCUCCUGGACGCCUUAGACUUCAGUGAGAGUGCAAACAAGUUUGAAGAUGAUGAUGAUCAGUCAAGCAGUCAGAUUCCAUCAUACCAGCCGAAAUCACAUUCCACAAAAAAGAAGAUAAUUAUUAAGAAACCAGGGGAGUCUUCAACAGCGGGCUGUCAAGUAGUAGAGACCAAGGCUAAACUAACCUCCAGCGGCCUUCGCUCUGCCGAAACCUACAUCCAGGAGGUUAAGCAGACACUGGGACCGGAAUCGUAUAAAAUCUUCAGCGGACUCUGUGCCUACAAGAAAAAUGAAAAUUUUGCUGAAAUGACAGCAGCUCUGGCUGACCUUUUUACAGAUUUACCUGCAAACUACAAACUCUUCAGAAAGUUUUACAAGUUCGUGCGUCCUCACCACAAGAAGCAGUUUGAUCAGCUGUGCAGUGACAUCACAGGGGAAGGAUGUGGUUUCAAACCAGAGGAUACCAUCUCUAAAAAACGGCUUGGUGCCCUAACAAGUUCAAAAGAUGAGUCGGACACGUGUAAGCGCCAGAAACUGGGACCAAUCGUGAACGGUGCGAGUAACCUGGCAAAAGUGCCCAGCAGCCCUCUUGGUACCUUAAGCAGCGUGACCAGUGAUAGUGACAUUUCACCCGGACCACAUGGUUCUGACCGGGUAGCUGAACCUGCCAUUAGCUCAGCAGGGACAUCAGAGAGCGAAGCCAGCAAUCUCAUCAGGCAAAAGAGUGCCGAGAAUCUGUCCACUGGUGAGAAGGCCAAAGCGUCAGAUUCCUCCAUACCAACCAGAGAGAAACAAGCCCCCAAAUCACGGACAAAAUCAGGAUACAAGUGUUGUCUUUGUGGAGAGGAUGCCACUGCUCCAUUCAUAGCCCCCUGUGAUCAUGUCUGCUGUUUUCACUGCUGGAGGACCGUGUUUCAGGGUGGUAAACUGUGUCCAAGCUGUAAGAAGCCAGUAAGACGACGUCAAAUGAGAAGACUUCAUUAUCCCUCCGGACCCGGUCUAGAUACAGUCAGUUAAAUUUUUGUACAAUAGCAGAUUUUUACAAAUUUUAAUAAUUACGUAUUUAAUGUGAAAAAAAUGUUCCUGCAUUUUUAUACAUUUGUACAGAAAAAGUUUUUGAUGUGAUUUUUUUUUACAAACUCUUUUUACGAAAAAUAAUAAAAUAAAGUGAAA